AAUUCGAAAGAUUCGUGGGGAGUAGGUGUUGCUUUUCCCUCGCUUUGAAGCGCAUAAACAAAAGAAAGAGACAGUGGACUAUCGAGUAAGCAUAGGCAUAUCCUAAAAUGGAACCAUGUCCCCCAUCAUAAGCCCUCUAUGGCCUCAUUUUUCUAUUCUAUAAUUGCUGUGUACAUCUCACUUCCUUUCUCCUUGUCUAAUAUGGCUGAAACUUCGCCAUCUCCCUCUGAUGCUGCCUUCUCAAGCAACCCUUGUCAUGGCUUACAGGGACUAGGAAUGGACAUCAAUCUCAUGGUGAUUGUGGCAGCCAUGAUAUGUGCCUUGGUGUGUGCCCUUGGCCUCAAUUCCAUGUUGCAUUGUGUAGUUCAAUGCACUCAACGUGUAUUAACUGAGCCAAGGGAUUGGAUGGUCUCACGUAGGCUCAACUCUGGCCUCAGAAAGGCAGAAAUGGUGGCUUUACCUACUUCAACUUAUACUAAUUCAAGUUCACCAUCUUCAUCCCCUGGUUGUGCCAUUUGCCUUGCAGAUUUCUUGAACGGUGACAAAAUCCGGAUGCUGCCCAAAUGCAACCAUCAGUUCCAUGUUGCUUGCAUCGAUAAAUGGCUGCUCUCUCACUCUUCCUGCCCUACUUGCAGAUACAAGCUCAAGUCCGGUGAUUCAGUCCCUUCCCUCGAUCAAAUUGUUACAGCCUCAUGAAGCUAAAUGGCAGGUCUCUCACCCUUGCUGCCCUACUUGCCUCAAGCCCAGUGAUUCUGUCCCCUCGAUCAAAUUGUUGCUGUAUGUUGCACUACUAAAGCUUCUGCAUAAUCAAUAGGAUAACAAUGCAAGUGCCAUCCAUGUUUUUGUAUAUGUGGAUAAUAGAAAGAAUUUUGAGCACCCUUGUAGCAAAGUCACAAAGAGUAACAUAUUAUUUCUAAUAACUUCCAUAUAAGUUAACAAAAAUCAUAAUAAUAAGCAUUUCAAUUG